GCAUCUCACCAAGAUUCAGUGGGUCAGGCAGUUGGUGGGCGGACUAACCCGUAAAAGUUGUGGUGCGAUGAGUGUGAGUGCGUGAGUGUAGGUGGUAGCUAGCUAUACAGUGUGUUUCUCUGUGGAUAUUUUACAUUCCCUGCCUUUUAGUUCUUCGUCGUAAACACCGUGGUUUGUUUAGUUUCCGUUAUCGACGUCUCUGUGUGCAGCAGUUUUGGCGUGAACACUCCUCGAAAAACCUUAGGUAACGCAUGCUGUUCAUUUCCUCCUUUUGCAAUGAAAGAAACUCGGUGCCGCUGAGCGUUCCAGACACUGGCAAGAGCACGGACAGAAGAAUCUCGCCUGACAAGAGACGCAACGACCAAUUAUUUCACGCUUCGUACAAACGAAAUGGCUGACCCGGUGAGGGCGGCCGAAUGUGCAGGAGUGUGGGCGGUGGAACAGCUGGUGGGGUGCGAACACCACCCUGUGGUAUCGGCGUCUGCAUGAGGGGCGGCGGCCAACGGGUGUCUGACACCUCCAUUAGUGACGGGGGGCGCCUUUCCCCGUCCAGUCAUUCUUUCCACUCGCCCCAUCCUCCCUUCGUGCAUCAGCAGCAGCAUCAGCAGCAGUCGUUCCCGUACGUGGUGGUACCACACCCGCUCCAGGUGGUGCCUCCCGGCGGUACUGCUGCGGCGGUUGCGGCUGCGAUCGACCACGCCGUCUUCACCUCGCCGGUCUCGCCUCCCGCCUUCCCCACAGGGGUGCUGCCCCCUCCCAUAGGAACGCCUCCGUCGCCGUGCUACGGCGGCUGCAGCUGCGGGGCAUCGACAGCGUCGUCGCCGGGAGCCUGCCGCGUCCACGAGCGGGUCAUCACCUGCCCUCCUCCCCCGCCGCUGGUGACGUGCGGCGCUGCAGAUCGCGAUAGCGUGCACGGCGCUCUCACGGGCGGUGAUGGGGAGCUAGCCGUGCCCUGUAACGAUGACCAGGAGGUAUGGCCACCUAGGGACGAUACAUCGGAAGAGAUUAAAGAAGAAAGUGUUAAGGAGUUGUUGCUGAGGCACUCGUGCAGCGGGCUGGACUGUAGCUGUAGUUUGACUCGGCGUGGUGGUGAAAGUAUGAGUGAAUGUAGUGUAGGUUGCGAGCCGUGGAGGGCGGACCAGCACCCACAUAACGCCCACCACGGGCGCGACAACACCACGCCAUCCUCCUGGACUACCUUCAGUAACGUGGUGCCUUUUGGCAGCUUGCAGAAGCAGGUGUCCAAUAUGAGCCUUAACCUGACUGCCAAGAUAGACGAAAUCCAGUGCCAUCAGCACGCCGAUACAAGUGCCGCUCUCCAUGCAAUUAGAACUCAGCUGCAGGAACUGACGAAGAGCGUGGAGAGCUGCCAAAGCGAAGUGGUAGAGGUGAAGCGUGAUAUGGUGGCCAUCAAGCACGAGAUCGACACGUUGCAGGCGGCCAAGGAAGAGAUCGAGGAACUGCGCGACGCCGUCGAUCGCCUCGAAGAGCAGACCAGACGGAGAAAGAUCAGACUACUCGAGCAGGCCUCCUCUUUCUCUCCCACGCCUGCAUCUUGUGUGAUCCACUCAAUCAAGGUCUGGUCAACACAAACCAGUCCACAGGGAUUAACGUGUUUCUUGUGCUACGCCAUCUUCGCCGCCGUUCUGGGCAUGUUCCAGUUUGGGUACAACACGGGCGUCAUCAACGCCCCACAAUCAGUCAUCGAAAACUUCAUAGGGGACUGCUGGAAGGAGCGCUACAACAAGAACAUCGAGGGCAGCAUCCAAGACCUCAUUUGGUCCAUUGCUGUGUCCAUCUUCGCCAUCGGAGGGAUGAUAGGCGGCUUCUGCGGGGGAUCCAUAGGACAUCGAUUCGGCAGAAAGAAAGGGUUACUAUUGAACAACCUAUUAGGCGUAGGAGGCGCUUGUCUAAUGGGCUUUUCUCAGAUGUCCUACUCAUUCGAGAUGCUCAUCUUAGGUAGAUUGGUAAUUGGCAUUAAUUGCGGUUUGAACACCUCUUUGGUGCCAAUGUAUAUAAGUGAAAUCGCUCCGCUCAACCUCAGGGGAGGCCUGGGAACUGUCAAUCAACUGGCAGUGACUGUCGGCCUCCUUCUUUCACAAGUCCUUGGCAUAGAGCAACUUCUGGGGAAUAGCAAUGCGUGGCCCAUUCUCCUUGGUCUUGCAAUAGUUCCGGCUGUGAUGCAAAUGGUCCUUCUGCCAGUCUGUCCCGAAUCUCCUCGUCACCUUCUCAUAACCAGGCAGAUGGAGGAUGAAGCUCGCAGAGCAUUGAGGAGACUGCGGGCCUCGGCUCAUGUGGAAGAAGACAUCGAGGAAAUGCGAGCGGAGGAAGCUGCCAACCAGUCAGAAUCGCACAUGAGUAUGCUGCAGUUGGUCCGAUCGUCAACUCUGCGCAUGCCCCUCACCAUAGGCAUUGUUAUGCAACUUUCGCAGCAGCUUUCAGGCAUCAAUGCGGUGCUGUACUACUCCACCUCCUUGUUCACUGCCGCCGGUCUCGAGGAGUGGCAGUCUAAGUAUGCCACUCUUGGGGUCGGGUCAGUGAUGGUCAUCAUGACUCUGGUGUCGAUCCCUCUCAUGGACCGAGCGGGAAGAAGAACGCUCCAUCUCUAUGGCCUCGGUGGCAUGUUCAUCUUCUCCAUCUUCAUUACCAUCAGUCUCCUUAUAAAGGAAAUGAUGGCGUGGAUGACUUUUAUCUCUGUGAUAAGCACCCUCUGCUUCGUCAUCUUCUUCUCAGUAGGGCCUGGCAGUAUUCCCUGGAUGAUCACAGCAGAACUCUUCUCUCAGGGCCCUCGACCCGCCGCCAUGUCCAUUGCAGUUUUAGUGAACUGGCUCUCUAAUUUCAUUGUUGGCAUUGGUUUCCCUAAAAUGCAAGAAGCAUUUGAGAAUUACACAUUUUUGCCGUUUAGUGCUCUGCUUGCAUGUUUCUGGGUCUUUACCUACUACAAGGUUCCAGAGACAAAAAAUAAAACGUUUGAAGAAAUAUCAGCAAUCUUCCAAAGAGGGGUUGAAAGGGAAUACCUGGAUGACCCAAGACUGUACGGUAACUUCCAUGCUGUCACGAGCAGCAAUCACCUGAGCACUUUGAAUUGUGUAAACACCCUGGGAUCGAAGCCCACGGAGCCAGAGCAUGCGGCACUCAUCCGCGAGCUCUCGAGCCGGGCGCAACAACACUCACCCUCAGCGCGCUCUGACAGAAGCGAAGGGGAAGGUGGUCUAGGGCGACGGGGUAGUGAUGGCAGUGAGUCCUGCGGGGGUAGCAGUAGAGCUGAGAGUGGUGUUAGUAGCUCCCGCGCUUCCAGUCACACCUCUAGUAAUGCUAACAGUAGUGCUAGCAGUCGUCAGUCUGUUAUUGCACAAAAUAUUCCUCAUCCCUCUGAGCCACCUGUAUGACUAGAGGCCACCACGCGUAUGUGAGGACACGCCCCGGGCUCAUGGCCGCCUCAGGGCCGGCGGUCUGAGCCCUCUCCGGCACAUGUGAUGCCGGAGGACCAUCCUCCCGCGUGGCGUCCGCUCAAACCUCGUGCCCGGGAACCCUCAUGGUCCCCGGAGCCGCCGCCUUCACCCGUCCGCGGGCCUCACGGCGUGCUUCCGGCAAGGCUAAGGGCCAGUCAAGAAACCCUUGAGACCAAGGAUUGGCCACCACCUCCUCCUGGAGUGGAAUUGGACCAACUUGAGGCCCCACCUCCUCCUCGCGCCUUCAUGCCCGGCACUUGGUCACCCCGGCCCGAGCAUCUACCUCUGGAUGCAGCAGCUGCUGUAGCUGCAAGUAGAGGCGAUCCACGAAGCCCUGGCGCAGUUGCAGCAUCAGCUGUAGCUGGUGGUGGACCAGGAAUCUUUAAUCAUCAUGUGAGCCAUGCACCUGACUGUCCUGCUCAUAGACUUGAAAGUAAGCAAGAAAGUGGUCGUUCAAGCAGCAGACCUGCUAGUCGGCCAAGUAGUCGACCAGCAAGUCGGCAAGGUAGUAGAUCAACUAGUAGACCUACAAGUAGGUCAGCUAGUAGAUCUGGAAGCAGGUCAGCCAGUAGGUCUGGCCAUAGAUCAGGUUAUAGUUCGCCUGGAAGUGACCUGCGCUAGCACAGCAGGUUCUUUAGGCCUUAUGAGGCCUUCUCCCCCAACAUGUCACUGCCCUAAACACGUGGUGUGCAGCAGCAGCAGCAGUUGCAACCGAGCCUGUGGGUGUCCCUGACAGACGACUCACUCCAUUACGCUUGCCCCAGCUUUCUACAUGUUUGUUGCCUCUAGUGAUAGCUGGAGUUGAAGGAUCCUUUGCAUUUGUUAAACUGGUUCUGUAGACAGUCGAGGGAGCAAUGUGGCGGCUGUCCUGCAAAAGUGCCAUCCUAUCAGUAAAACGAUUGUGUCUGGGUGGAGAAUGACACUUGGAGAGAAUUAAGUGAUAAUAUUUGCUAGUUGUAUGAAAUAACAGACAUUUCUACUAGUGAGAACUAUAUAUAUAUGGACUGUUAUAGAUAUAAUAGAUACUGUUUAAAUUAAUGGACACAAAAUUCUUUUGCAAGUAAUAAGAAAAUUUCAACACCAACAUUUCCAAAAAGUGCCAGAUAUGUAGAAUUAGUGGACCAGGUUCGCUCAAAUAACAUUAGCUAAAUCCUGGAUAACAGAGAAAUUAGUUUAGGCAAACAAUAUAUAACAAAUGAUGUCCAUUAAUAAUACAAAUGGUGACAGCAAAGAAGAGCCAGGUUGAUUGAGAACUGUUUGAGGAUGACAGCACACUUCAGGUAAGGGAAAGCAGUGAUAUGCCGUCAAUGUGAAAGCAAUUGUGAGUGAAUCGUGUCAGCCAGACACACAACAUUACCAAGUUAAUUUUACUUGAAUAUGCAUAAUUUACAUGAUGCUUUACAAAAGUGGAAAUUGCUUGCUAAGAGGUCUCUAGGUUUUAGAAUUUCUGAUCAAACAGUAAUAUAAAUACUCAUUAGUUACAAUGUGUUGUUGGCAUUGUUGUUUAGUCAAGACUAUACCAGGAUCUGCAGAGGGGUAUGGAAAGACCGUCAGCAAGGUGGCCAGAUGACAGCAUCCAUAGGCAGAGGUGAGAUGAGCCAAGUUAAUGGCAGAAAUGCCACUUCUGUACCCAUCACCACUGCUUAUGAUAACAAAGAUAUGGGUAGGGCUGAAGAGUGGCUACAUUCCCAUCAUAACUACCUCUUACUAUGAAGAGAGAGAGAGAGUGAGAGAGGAAAAAAGGA